ACCAAAAUUGUCUUGAUGAAGAAAAUAAAGAAAACUUCAGUCAUGUUCAAACUGGGUCGGAAGAAGACCUUAGUUGUCAUCAUCGCGGGACUGACCAUUUGUGUGUUGGUUCUUUUCCUCGUGGACAUUGUGAUGUCAACGCAUUGCUUCGGGCGUUUAGAACUUCGGCGUCUAUCCGUACACAUGUCGCCUAGCAACGUCCUUGCUGGUGGCAGUGGGAGAUUCGAUGGCGAUCGCAAUAUGAAAGCAGGAAAUGAGGUUGUCAUAUCGUCACGGAACACGGGAAAUAACAUGAAUAAUGACAACCCUGCUAGAUUUUUUUACCAAGAGUACCAAGCUGAUGAAGGAGAUACUUACAACACAAGUCACACAAAACACAACCGGACUCGGGAAUCAAAACCCGCGGACAGAGACAGCCGUGUCAGGCGCAAGUCGUACCACAGACGAUUGGGUUUAAAAGACAACAUUCUAGCCAAUAUUUCCCUCGGCGAUUUAAAGCACGUUACCGAAAGUUCGGGAAUUAACAGGACAAAAUUCAUGACAUGGUCAGAAAAACUCUUUCUGUCUCAAAACCAGAUAAAGGCAUCUUUUGCUAUGCCAAACUUCACAAUUGUGGGACGUGACAUAUGUGGCAAGGAUACUGAACUGUUGAUCUUGAUGCCAGCGAUCCCAGACCACCAGUUCACACGAGAGCUCAUCCGCCAGACCUGGGCUAGCACAGUCUACGGGAUGUCUUGGCCGGGAAGGACGCCAGAUCUGAAGGCCAAAGUGGCGUUUGUGUUUGGGACCCAAGGGCUCCCAGUGCACAAGAUAAAAGCCCUAAAACGGGAAUCACUGACGUAUCAAGACGUGGUUGCAGCUGACUUCGUGGACUCUUAUCGUAACCUCACGCUCAAGAUGAUGGUUGGUCUGCACUGGGUCAGCAAGCACUGCCCAAGAGCCCGCUACGUACUCAAGUGUGACCUGGACACAUUCGUCAAUCUUCCUCUCAUGGCGCGCAUUUUGCCCAUCAUUUCUGCCAAAGUUCCUCGGUUCAUGAUUGGUCAUAGACACGAAAAAUCUCUACCCCCAGUUCUAAGGUCCGGAAAGUGGGCGGUGUCUGAAACAGACUACCCAUUUGAGUAUUUCCCGCCUUACUUGAUAGGACAUUCCUACGUCAUGUCAGCCGAUAUCGCUCCACGUAUUGUGUCUGUUGCCAAAUCUCUUCCCCUAAUUCCGGCGGAAGACGCACACAUUACUGGAGUUAUCGCCCGCAUUCUGCGCGUGCCUCGCCUUCAUUUCGACGGGUUUGCGCACUUGAAUAAGAUCUGUCUCCCGUGUAACAUUUUGUAUAACGAAGAUGUUUCGAUGACCAAGAUGUCAUUGUCCCGUCUUCUUCUCAUGUGGCGGGAUAUAGUGAGGAACACAUGUUCACCUAGAGAACUACCUCUUACCGGAAACGACAUUCCUCAACCUAUGAGGAAUAAAGAAGGGAAAGAGAAAAGCAUAGACGUAGCCAAUAACAGCUCCAAGAACGCCUCUUCUGGAGACCUAGAAAAGCCCCAGUUGCACCAUCUACAACAACAGAAACAACAUCAUCAGAUUUUAACUCACAGUAAAGAGCAUAAAAUUCAACUCCCUCCAGCGUGGCAUUGAAAUAUCCAUCCUAAUUAUUGCAUUCGUGCAGAACAACAAUAGCAACAGCAAGCAGUUCACCAUCAGCAACGACAGAAGAAUCUUCUGAGUGAUAACGUCAUUUUCAAUGUCAGCGGCAUCAACAAAACCUACUGCAAAUUGUUCUUGCCAUUUUAUCUUUAAAACUUUGUUGAUAUAAAUAACACUGUCCGUGUUGUGUCCCAAACAUUCCCUUUCAUGGAUCUCACAGUGUUUGUCGAUGCCAAGCCAAUAAGACAAUGUUCAAGUAGCUAAACCUUGGUGUCCGGCUCUAACCGCGUAUCCGCCAAAUACGGUCCUACACUUUUUGGGGGUCUGAAAUUAGAUAUAUCUAUGCUAUUUACAACCAAAAUUACAAUUAGUAAAGCUAGCGAGUGCCCCCCCCCCCCCAAAAAAAAAAGAAAAAGAC